AUGAGAUUCUUGAUACAGUGUUUCUCUUCUUCUCUAACUCUUCAUUCUCUUCCCAUAUUUAUCUCUUAUUUAACCAUAUUUAAACACUGAUUAAAUGGUCCUUAAUUUUUCUAUAUUACCCAAAAUUCCCCUCUUUCAUUAUCAUUAUUAUGUUUAAAAACUCUAUUUAUAGAACCCCAAGAAAUAGGGUAAACUAAAACCCCUUUUUCUUCUAACAAACAAAUCUCUGUAACGCCGAUCAUGGAGGAACAAUGGGAGACACCGGAAAAUAACUCCGGCCACCAAAUUCGCCGGAAUGGCUUUACAGAAUUUCAUCCUCGUAACACCACAAACAGCCAGGUUCCUCUUGAAUCGUUGUUUGGUGGUUUAAGGCUAGAUGAUCGGCUUCCUAUGCCGUCGUUUGGUGUUCCUCCGGCGGCUAACCUUUUGGACGAUGAAUUUUUAAUGGGGUUUAGAGCUCAAGAAAGGCUCAACAAUGCUGCUGAGUUGCAGGGUUUAAUCCGGGCCCAGAAUGGAAUCGAUGGGUCCCACCAGAAUCUGAAUGUGGGCCCGACCCUUCUGAAUCUACCUGUUGCUAGACUUGGAGCACAGCCAUGGUGCUAUCCAGAACCACCAUCAUAUAGUGAAGAUGACUACUACUGGAGACUUAAGUAUGAAGUGGCUGACUACAAUGGUUACCCUGUUGGUAGUCCUUUCUUGCCGAACACGGCACCAUUGAUGCAUAGGGAACCCAUUGACCAGUUUCCGCUUCUGUCUUAUAGUUAUACAAACAAUUAUAUGCCAAGAAAUUUUGACUUUGGGUUACCCAACUCGAAGUAUAACCAAUCUGCUAAUGAAUUGAGAGGAAAAAUGGUUGGUUUGGCUAAAGAUCAACAAGGAAGCAAAUUGCUCCAAGCUAAGCUUGAGAAAGGGAAUAACCAAGAAAUUGCAAGUAUUCUUAGCGAAUUGAUCGAUUCUGUUUGUGAUCUGAUGAAGAGUCAGGCCGGGAGUUAUGUUAUUCAAAAGCUUUUUGGUGUAUGUAACGAGGAGCAGAGGACUACUAUUAUUCAAGCAAUAACAAGAAGUACCCAUCAGUUUAUUGGUAUCUGUUUCAGCCAACAUGGGGCUCGAGCAAUGCAGAAAUUGUUGGACAUCGUUAGUACUCCACAGCAAAGAUCCUUGAUUUUAUCUGCUAUAACCCCUGUUGCUGUUGCAUUGGCUAAUGAUCAAAGUGGUCAGCACGUGAUACAAUAUUGUGUGAAAACAUUCUCUAUUGAGUAUACCAGGCAUCUUCUCAAUGAAAUUGCAAAUAACUGCUUUGUAAUUGCGACCCAAAAAAGCGGGUGCUGUGUGCUGCAGUCAUGUGUAGAAUCUGCUCGUGGAGAACUCAGAGAUCGCCUAAUUACUGAGAUACUGACAAAUGCAGUGCAGCUAUCAGAAGAUCAAUAUGGCAACUAUGUGGUGCAACAUCUUGUGGGACUGAAGUUACCAAGAGUUACAGAAACUUUACUGGAUAGGCUUCAAGGAAACUUUGUGACUCUCUCAUGCAAUAAGUACGCUAGUAAUGUUGUUGAGAAAAUUAUCCUCGAUUCACGAGAAGAGCACUCCACGAGAAUUAUCAACGAGCUGCUCAGAAGUUCAGGUGCUUCAAUGCUACUGGUGGACCCUUAUGGUAACUUUGUCAUCCAGUCAGCACUGAAUACUGCAAAGGGGCAUGUCUUUGAUGCUCUUUAUAACCUUAUCUGCAUGAAUGUUCCAUCGAUGCAAAGCAACAUCUACGGGAAGAAGAUCCUUGAUCGGUUGGCAAAUAAGAAGGAACCUGUGCAUCAUUUUAUAAGUUUUACAAGCGACAGGUAUAAGUUGACAGUAGUUGACAACUAUUACUGUGUCCUUAUUCUUUGGAUUCGUCUGAUGGAAUUUCGAUGUGUAGUAGCACAUCUAGUAACCAUUGUUCUAUCUUAUGUUGUUUGUUUGCUAUGUAUUAAAGAUCUGUGACCUUGUAGGAGCAUAAAGCUGUGUAUGCCAGCGAGCCUCCCUGUGAUUUAUAAUGCUCGUAGAAUUUCGUACAGUAUAUUUUUGAUGCCAUCGUUGUUGGUUGUUAUAUCAUAUUAUAUAGGGCAUGUAAACAAUA